AUGGGACACGGGACCACGCAUUUCAAAAACACCUCCAUCAAACCUCAAGUGAGGGCCAUUGAUUACAUCCUCGGGCAAAGUAAAGAUGACUUGGUUGCGUUGGUGGUCAGGGUGGAGGAUGAUUCCAUAUUUGUGCACCUCAUGCGCUGGAUUCGUGUCCUGCUACUUGCCCUCCUCACGGCAUGUGAAAUUGGGUGCCGAACACAGGUAGCCUGUCUUGCUGUGCCGAGAGGAAGGAGCAACUUUGGAGAUGCUGUGGGGGGCUUCAACAUGAAACUGAGCACAGACCAGAUUUUCAAAAAGAAUCUCUUGGAGCAGCAGGUCCAGAUGGCCAUGAAGUCAGACUCAUCCAGAGAGGUGUACGAUGACAUCAUGAUUGCAGCCCAUGGAGUGGGUGCCUAUCGAAGAAUUCUGGAGGGGAUCGAUCCUCCACGGCUCAUGCAAGCGCGGGAGGAGAUGCUGUCGUUCCUGCCAGCCGGUACUCGUACCGAAGUGCUGGAAAUUGGUUGCGGGGUUGGCCCUUUGGCAUCCAACCUGCCGCUAUAUCCAGCUGGAAUAUCUCUAACUGGUUUGGACCCUGAUGUGACCUCUGACCUCCUUUGGCCAUGCCCUGAAGGUUUGGAAUUCCAUGCAGUGAAAGGCUUUGCUGAAUCGUUGCCAUUUCCAGCUGCACAGUUUGAUGCUGUAGUUGGAUCUUUGGUGAUGUGCAGUGUGGACAAGCCACAGAGGAUGUUGACAGAAAUUGCUCGGGUGCUGAAACCGAAAGGCCGGUACCUUUUCUUAGAGCACAUACAUGCGCCCAAAGGCUGUGCGCUUCACUGGCAACAGAAGAUCUUGGACCCACUGCAUAGCUAUUGCUGUGGGUGUCGACUUACAAGGCAGCAGGAUGAGUGGAUCUCUUCUGUGUGUGGUGAAUCUGGACUUUUCCGGAAACUUCCGGUCAUGAGGCUCGACCUGUAUGAGCUCAGGUUACCAAGCACGACAUCACGAGAUCCAGGAAAUGCUACACUGGCUGCUACACGAUAAUGGUUGAGAGAUGUUGAGAGUCUGGAAAUUCAUGUGGCUGAUGGUACAAAACAGACUUUCAAAUCGGGAUCUGCAAGACGAACUAAAACAUUUGAGUCACGCAAGGCACCAGAUAGGCACUACCCAAGUGAUGGAAAGUUGGCCAUCACGAGUUGGUCUCCGUCAGCUGUUGCUAAAGUCCUUCCACGCGCCGAGGAAGCACUAUCCUUGCCACGGAGACUGGCCUUGCACGACAAAGAUCGUGGGCUAUGCUGUGGCAUGAUGUUCAAAGAGUGCGACCACAUGCUGCUUUUGAAGUCUUUGCGUCUUUCCGACUAGUGUGUCCCAUGCGAAGCAGGACUACUUUCUUCGCAUUUCAGCGGUCAUUCAAAGCAAACCAAUUGUCAGUUGCAAC